AUGGAUGGGGUGGAGGCGGAGGCGGAGGCGGUGGAGGUGGAGGCGGGGGAGGUGGUGGUGGAGGUGGAGGCGGAGGAGGUGGAGGCGGGGGAGGUGGUGGUGGAGGCGGGGGAGGUGGUGGUGGAGGUGGAGGCGGGGGAGGUAGUGGUGGAGGCAGCGGGUAUUUUGGUUGUGGUGGAGAAAGUAACAAUAGACCGAACAUCCCAACAAGAGGAGGGCAAGUCUUCGUUUUUACUCGUCACACUUGAUGCCCGUCCAUUCAGGCGUGGUGAAAGAUCCCCUGGCUGUAGAGGUGGUGGAGGCGGUGAUGGUGAAGGCGAGAAAGGUGACAAACGAGAGGGCGGUGACGAACACGGCGACAAACCAGAUGGUAAUGACACAGGUGACGGUCAUGACAUACCUAAAGACUGCAAGAAACCUGAUGGCAGUUAUACUGGAUUUAGUCGUGGUGGAAAUCCUCCUGGUGGACGUAGAGGUGGCAGCGGAGGCAGACGUCGAAGUGAAGGCAAAAGAGGUCGCAUUGGCCGACCUUGA